AUGGCACAGCCAUCGCAAGGCUUCGACGACGCAUGGCACCCACCGCACGAAUCCCAGCAUGACCCGAACCCUCCGCAUGAACACCGUGGUUCUAUCGGCGGCUCGUCCGGAUUAGAGGCUGCGAACAAGCUCGAUCCUGUAUUCACCGUCGGAUCGGACGAAGCAUCGAUGAAGUACACGGAUCACCCGAACAUCCACCGUCUCCGCGGCUCGAUAAGCGGCGCGUCAGGUCUCGAGGCUGCUCAGAAGCUUGACCCACCUGAGCAGGCAACACCGUAUAUGCCAGACGAAGUAUCGGCUCGUGGCCCCGGCUACAGCCAACCCGAGCCUUCCUAUCACCAACCGAAACCUACGCAUCAAAGCAGCGUCUUGAACAUGCUUGAUGAAGACGUCGAACCAGAACAAUACCCGCCUCCGAACCGCGCUACCACAGAGCCUGCACCGCAGUACGAUGACGGCUCUGAUAACUCAGCAGAGUCGGGAAGGUACUCGCCCGACUCGGACGACGAACUUCAUCGCAUAUCUCGCCGCCGAAGCCGUAAGUUCACUCUCCGCAGGUUGUCGCAUAUUUUUGUCGAAGGUGGCUCGCCACAUGUCUUUCGCAAAGGUGCCUAG